UUGUGUUCAGUCAUCGUAUAGCCCUUGUCAGUUGUCGCUGACGUGUGACGUUAGUUUGCGUCGCCGUCAGACAUUUUUUUUUUGUUUCGCCGGCUCCACGGGUUUCAAUAACGAGACAACGAAUGCUCCACACCUUCUGCUAUUAUCUAUCUACAGGUAUAAUAUAAUAUAGGUACUAAUAAACGUAAGUAUUAGAAUUUAUAGCAUAGGUAUUCGGUUCUAUUGAUUCGCGACACGGCGUGUUUGCGGAUCGAAAUCUAGACGGGGUAUCAUCAUGUCUGGGAAUCCGGAUAGCAGUAGUAAGAUCGUGAAAAUCAACACGAAAAAUGUCUACAAGAUAUUUGAAAGUAAUGAAUUGGUCRUCAUUAUUUUUGGUGUUGAUUUAAAUUAUGCACCUAAACAUUCAUCUAUAUUCGAAGAAGUUGCUUUAAAAGUUUCUGAACUUUAUCCAGAUCCUGGGAAAGUUAUUUUUGGAAAUGGACUCAAUUAUCACGAUUCAUCUAAUUAUUGGAUUGAAUAUUACUCACAGAGUGAACAUAAUAUCUAUUUUAAUAUAAAACCAAAUGUGAGAUUUUUCAUAAAUGGAAAGCUAGCUACAAAGUGUUUCUCCAGUGACAUGACAGUUUCAAAUUUAGUAUCUUACAUUCAAACUCUAUUGGAUGAUUMUAUCCAAGAAAUAUCUAAUAUAUGUAUGAAUAAUAAUCCUACAAAAGCAUGUGAAAAAGUUAUAAUUGGGUACUUCAAAAAUAAAAACACACCUGAUUAUCAAAUAUUUAAGAAGUUAUCAAUGGCUUUUAUGGAUAAUUGUCAGUUUUAUGCUGGAUUUGGAGAAGAAUAUUGUACUACGUACCCUGAUAGAGAUCAUAACAAAUCAUUAAUUAUAUUCAAGAUCUCUAACCAACCAUCUCCAGAAUUUGAACAAGAAAUAUUUGAAGGGAAUUUAUUUGAUUUCGGAUCACUUUAUAAUUGGGCAAAAAAAAAUGUGUUAUAUUCAACGAGUGAAAUUACAUUUGAUAAUUCUGAAGAGAYACAAAAAGAUCAUAAAGUUUCUAUUAUUCUGUUUUAUAAUCCUGAUGAUCUUGAACCAGUCAAACGGUUCAAGGAUAAUAUUAGAACGGAUUUAAAAGAAUAUUGCAUUAGUUAUUUCAGUUCCAGAGAACAAAUUAAUUUUUUAACAGCAAAUGGUGUGAGAUUUUCAAAAAAGUUACAAGAAAUUGAAAAAUAUCAAACUGAUUUACCAUUUCUACUUUUGGUUCACCGUGAUGCAAUUUAUCAGUUUCCAGAAAAUUUUGAUGUCAAUAGCAUGCUGUCUUAUCAGCAACUGAAAUCAUUAAUAAAAAUUUAUUUUUCAAAUUUUGAUUAUUACCAUUGUUUUAAUGUUCAAAUUGAUAAAAGUGCUGCUAUACACCCCAUUUAUCAAUUUAAUUUAUUUUGUGAAUUUUCCGACAAACCUCCUGUAGAUAUUGCAGCUGAUAAUUUUUGUAUUAGUCUAUUUGAUGAUGAGUAAAAUGUAUCUGUAUGUAAAUAAUUUCAGCACAAUAGGGAAAUGUAAGAAUAAGAGCCCCAAAAGGAAUAUUGUACAAAACAAAAUCAUAUAAUAUUUGCACUUACUGAUACAUAAAUGUGCAAAAAAAACUUUCAUUUAUUGUUUAUUAUUAUCAAAUUAUUAUUUGUGUGAUUAAUUUACAGUUAUUGUU